AUGGAUAUAUCUACAUUAGAAAGAGCGGCAGGAACGUUAUUGGUGAGCUGUUGAGAAGGAAAUGUAAGCAGAAAGAACAUUUCCAUUCAGGCGCCGCCGAAUCUUGUCUCGGCCGACGAACGGCGACAAGCCGAAAACUAUUUCCAAGAUCUGAAAAAGAGCAUAAGUAUGGAGGAAGCGAUGCACAUUUUGCGUAGGUGUCGGGUUGAGUGAGGGAAAAGGCCGGAGUUUGCAGAUCAGACGGAAAACUCCUUCGUUUUGUUCGAGAUGGCCCAGGCCGUCGGCGAACUCACACUACGCGACUGGAGCCUCCUCGAUCCCCAAGUCGUCGAAGCCACUUACAAAACUCUUCUCGAGUUCGUCGCUGCCCGGGAAACGUUGUCGUCCUAAAGAAUCACCAGGGUGAACCCGAGUGAAUUCUAGGUUGGAGAGCUACGUCAUCGCCGAGUUUUUGAAGACGAUCGCCAUCAUCGUGAAGCGGGGCAGCCUGAGCGGCAACGACCGGGAAGACCUCUACAAGUUCAUUCACAAUCUGCUCAUGCAUCAGUCGCCCAAAUUGGUAACCACUUCGUCUCUAUCAUUCCUGUUUUAAGAAUAACACAAGUUCUUUCACAUGCAUAGGGCUCCUAAAUAUUUUGCUACCAAAGUGGAGAAAGCUUCCUUUUUGGGGCCUUUUUGCCUUCUGUUUAUCACCCUAUUUUCAAUCUUUUUCUGCCUUUUCCUUUUUAGAGAAAUUAUAAAUCUAGCAAAGUUGAAAAUGUCAGUAAGAAAAUCUUUAUAGGUUCUUUCAGAAGUCUUUUUUUUCGUUUCGACACUGCUUUCUGCUCUUUGGUUUGAGUUCAUAAACUCGGAAAACGUGUAAAAAUCGUCCCGGAAAAUGUUUCUUUGUUUCAUUCUUUGUUUCAUUUGUUUCUAUCGUCUGUUCAUUUUUCCACGAUAUUCUUUGAUAAUUUUUUUCCGGCGCUGUUUCUACCAACCUUCUAAAACUAUGUUUCUCGGAAAAAGGUAAAGAUUUGUUGCCAACGGUGACUUUUUCACAAGUUUUCAAAUUUUGAAAUUGACAUGUAUAUUCUUGUAAGUACACUUUUAUUAACAAAAUAAGGUAUUAACUAAAAAAAAAAGUUUUGCAGCAAUCUUUGGGGUGUCGUUUCAUUUCGGCUCUCAUCGAACAAUUCUCCUCGGCUUGGAGAAACUCGAAGUUUUCAAUCACAUGGGACUUUCAUUUGAAAGCAAAAACAGAGUUUGAGGUAUCAAAUUUUUCCUUAUAUAAUUGUCUUUUCGACGAUUAUUUUUUGACACGUUCUGAUAAGAAUCAAAGAAAGUUAUCGGAAUACUGACGUUUAAUUGAGGAAUAGCUUUCAGGGCCAUUCAUUUAGUUCCAAAGUAUUCAUUAAUUACUCAAAAAAAGUUUUCGAUGCGAAAAACCUGAAUCAAGUUUUUGACAAAGUCUGUUUCUCCCAUGAAAACAAAUUUUAUCACCACAUUCAACCUUUUUUCAUUAAAAGUUUGAAAUAAAGUGUUGGAUGCAACUUUCAGGUCACUGGGCUGCGCCGACUUCUCGAAUUCUCGUUGACCACACUUCAUGCCUUGAACGGUCAAGAGAACAUUUUGAAUGACGAGUUCACCAAAAGACUCUGCGAAAAGUUCCUCGAAGUUGCCGAAAACAUCCUUUCUUGGAACUUCUCUUCAAAGCUCACUCGGCGCUUUCUUUGCGUCAACACGGUAUUUUUUUUUUGA